UUUAAGUGUUAUGUGACUGUGUUUAUGUUGUUAUCACAGUUUGUUUGUGAAAUAAGUUAGUUGACUUCAUGACGAAGAGCGAGCUAGCUACAUUAGCCGUUAGCAACGAUAACCCCCACGUGGUGGAUGAAAGAGUGGUACUUAUCGUGCUUGUCAUGUUUUCUAUAGAUAUUUCUGUAAUGUACGGAGUACUGUUGUACAUGAUGUGAGGGAAAGUUUUGUCCGCGCAUCGUUUAUCCAAUUACACCCCGUUUCAGGGCAUUUACAUAUGCACCUUUUUCAAGUUGUAAGGAAGAUACGUGACUUUUUCAAGUUGUAAGGAAGGUAUGGAGACUUUUUCAAGUUGUAAGGUUAAAAUUUUCAAGAGAUGUUCUCGGGUAGAUGUGAAGGUAGAUAAUACAUUAAUCUGAAAAAGUUAUUGUAACCUAUUCUUCUCUGUGUUCUUUGGAAAAGUCAAUAGAUUCAUUUUCAAAUUUCGCCGUCAGCUGUUUGAUGACGUUUGCUGUAUUAUGAGUAAUUCAUCAAAUAAAGGCGUUCUGAUCACUGUGCUCAGUUUUACAUAAACAUUUUAUUGGAGAAGGAUUUGGAUCACUGCAACGCCUUAACCUUGACUAAUUCGUAUUGGAACACAGAAAUAUAAUAAUGUAAUAUUGUCAGAUUAUUUUGCACCUUAAGUUGUAAGGUUUACAUUUCCAAGACAUGAUUUCAUGUAGAUAUGUAAGUAGAUGUUAGAUUAUAAAAAAAAAAAGUAAUUAUAUUCUCUUUGUUCUUUGGAAAAGUCUGUCUUUUCAUGGGUCAGGUGUGAAAGCGUCUCUCUCAAACCAGACUGCAACAGCAAGUGUGACCUGAGGCAGUCUUUGAGGAAGAGACAUGGAGAAAGAUACGACAGACUCAUCCCAGCCCGAGGUGAGUGAGGGAAGAGAGGGGAGUCUGUCUGGAGACAAGCGGACCUUCAUCAGGGUGUUGAACGUGAGGCCUCUAAGUUCGGAGGACAUGGACCUGGUCGAGCCCUCGGAUCUGCCCCCUCCUUCAGUACCCGCUACUGGGUCAAAAGACCAGCUGGAAGCCCUGGAGGUUGCGUCCACUUCCCAGGGCGUCAGUGGAGUGGAGAGAAUGCCCUCUGGCAUAGCCAGCAGACCCAGUGGAACCCCCUCUCCGGAUCUGCAGGUGGAGGCCAAGGCCAGUCUGGGCUCUGUGGCAGCUGAGGUGAUCGAGGCGGUCAUCAGCAACGUCCUGGCAGCCAGGGCCGCCCUCCAACAAGAAGCUCAAGGGCCUGUGACCUGUUCCUCUGUGAGCUACUUCCUCUCUGCUGUCUGUGCCGACGUGCAGACUCUACCGCUGCUGAGGAGGUCAGGGAGCAGCAGUCGGUCUUCUGGAAGGUCCCUUGGAGAGCUCCUGACCACCAUGUCGAGGACCAACGUUGUCCAGGCUGUGGAGCUGAAGCUGGAGGAGCAGUUUGGGCCGUGUAGGAAGGAGGGCUCGUCCACAUCUCCAUCCAGCCUAUCACUGACUGAGGAUUGGGUCAUGAUCCCUUAUCUGGGGAGCGGUCGCUAUGGACAUUUCCUGGCCAAUGACCUGGUCGAGGAAAUCAUCGAAUCCGUAAAAAGUGCUGUUGAGCUGCUGGAAAGCCAGUCUUCAACAUCCAGAGCAGGGAACAGCUCCUCCCUCACAGGAUGGGACGCAUUGGAUGUUUCCUCUGCAGCCAAGAAGAUGGUCUGCAAGGCAGCAGCCAGACUGACCCCCCUGGUGAGCUCUUCCAGGAUGGGAGAUGUGACGGCGGACGAGAGCGUCUCUUUGAUGAACGAGACGUCUCUGGAAAGUUUGCCCCCGUCUCUCAUCAGGCUUCUGUUGAUCCGGUCUGUCGACACGGUGACAGCAGCCUGCAGAGCCAUAAGCAGUGAGUUCUGCUAUCGGGAGAGCGUGAAGAACGAAGGCCUGACAAAACUCCAGGAGCUGGCCAACGAACAGAUGUUGGCCUGUCUGAACAAGGGCAUAGAGGAAGUGGAGAUUGAUGAGCUCAUCGAAGGCAUCUCAGCCAUCUCGGAUCAUUCGCUGAUCCUAAGGCGCCCGGAGUUGUCUUUCUCCCACAUCUACCGCUCCUUGUUCGUUGACACCCUCCUGCCAGGGAGUGGACACAGAACAACCGAGGUCCUGGAGACCUUGAUUUUUUUAUGUCCUCAGGGCCCACCCACAGCUGGAGAGAGCCUGGCCCAUGAUGACACACGAGUGGGAACCAUCAUUAAAGAGUACGUGAUCAAAGGAAGAGAUGUGUUCCAGCAGGUCUUGAGGAGAGCAACUCAGAAGCUCUCUCGCCAUCCGGCGACCACCCGUGACUCACCUCAUGCGGCCAAUCCAGAGAGCUCAGAGCAUCCAUCUCUGCUGGUCUCCUCUGAGAACUGUGAGAACCUGCUUGGUGUGAUCCUGGAUGAUCUCCAUGAGGUGGUUGAGCAGCACAAGGCCUCAGCUAAGACGAGAUCUGGUGGCAGGAAGUUCUGGGAGCAGGUCCACUCCUCCAGCCAGCUGCUUUAUGACAGCACGCUGAGGACCCUGCAGAAAGCUGCAGACAAGCUGUCGGCUCUCGAAGAUCGUGCGUUUGAGAUCAUCCCCCCGAUGCCCUCCAGACAGGAGCCCAUCCACAGCUGUGCUGAGAGCUCGGUUCAGGGUCAGCUGCAGAAGAGCCAGGAAGUGAACCUUCCCUCGACCUCUAGCCUGUCCUGCCAGGAGACCCAGGACCGCAGGGUCAGGAUCCUGACGGAGAGAGUGAUGGACGACACUCUGUGUGAGUCUGCUGCUGCAGCUCCGUGUCCUGGGGCAGAUCUCGGUGAGCUCAGCCCUGCAGCGGUCAUCAUCGAUGCUGGGACAGCGUCUACCUCUGCAGGCGAGACCAGAAAGCCUAAAAAGGGCUUGAAGUGGUUGAGCAAGAAAGUCAAGCUCUUCAAGAACAAGUUUCUGAAGAGAAAGACGGAGCCCAAGAAGCCCUCAGCCCAGGAGGAACUUCCCCCCAGCUCUCACGUCACACCUGGGGCCAAGUGUGGUUCGCAUGCCAAUCUGGAGCAGUCGAAGGACCACGAGACCAAUCAGGAGCCCCCUAGAUGUCCUCUACACGUACGAAUGUUCCGUGCGCUUCAAAAGUCCAUCGUCAAGCCAUUCAAGAUGUCUUGGAGCCAGUAGGACGGCCUACUGAUACGUUUAAGUAUCCAGCACGUAGUAAAGGGCUGGCUGGCUCUGUCCCUCUCUCACAUACACACACCUUUCUCUCUCUCUCUCUCUCUCUCUCUCUCUCUCUCUCUCUCUCUCUCUCUCUCUCUCUCUCUCUCUCUCUCACCCAUCCCGGCACCCGCAGCACUUUACAUUAUGCCUCUCAUUCACUCAUUCAUACACCCCCACAGCGAGGGAGCUGCCAUGCAAGGCUAGCCUGUUCAUGGGGAGCAGCUUGGGGUCCAGUGUCUGGCUCCAGGACACUUGGACACAGGGCCUGGAUGCUCUCCAGGGGGCUGAUGUGGGAUGUUUGUUCUGGUUUCCUGCCUCUCGGUUCUUCUACCCUGCAGGUCUCCUGGUCCACUUUCUCCCGAACAACAGAAGGACCGUUGCCAAGGAGCCAGAAAUGUACUUUCAGCAGUACGGACGAGGACUAGGUCUUUCUCACCUGGCUGGAACUCGCUGGGCUGAGUGGAUAUCAGGAGAAGACCAUCACAGAGACUCACUACCGUCUGGAACACUCUACUGUAUCUGAUCAUUGUCAAUAAACUAGUUAUAUUACAGUUGGAGUGUAACAGUCCUGUUUGUUUUCCUAACAAAGCUAUCGCACAGGGUGGUGCGCAGUGACUUAGAAAAGGUUCCAAGAUUCUGAUGUACUUAUGUGUGUUGUGGUUGGACACAAUGCUAUAGCCAACAGGUAAAUCAAAAGGCAGAAAUGCACAUUCACGACAAUGUAGACAGAGUAAUGGACAAUGCAGACAGAGUAAUGGACAAUGCAGACAGAGUAAUGGACAAUGCAGACAGAGUAAUGGACAAUGCAGACAGAGUAAGGGACAAUGCAGACAGAGUAAUGGACAAUGCAGACAGAGUAAUGGACAAUGCAGACAGAGUAAGGGACAAUGCAGACAGAGUAAUGGACAAUGCAGACAGAGUAAGGGACAAUGCAGACAAAGUAAGGGGAGUUUGAGGGAGAGUCAGAGGAUGAGGCAGAGGAUGAGGCAGAGUUCGGAUUAGAGG